AGCCGGGGGAGGGACUCGGCUCCACGCCGAGAGCAGAGGCGCGCCUCCGUCCUGCUUGCCUCACCUGCUCUCCUCUCCUCUCCGAAAGUUGCUUCUUCGCCCAGACGGGAUCCCGGGAGGCUGGAGGCGACUUCGUGGUUCCCGCCGGAGACCCAAGCCCGCCUCCCGCCCCCCCCUUGCCUGGCUCUAGCAAUAUGAAGGAGCAGCACUCAUGUGUGGGCACUGGGCAUCCCCCCAUGGCUGGGUACGGCAGGAUGGACCCGCUGGAGCUUGCUGUUAGCCCCGUGAAACGCUUGCGAACUGAGUACUCCUUUCCCUAUCUCUUCGCAGAGGAGGCCUACCAAAAACUGGCCAGCGAGACCCUGGAGGAGCUGGACUGGUGCCUGGACCAGCUGGAAACCUUGCAAACCAGGCACUCCGUCAGUGAAAUGGCCUCGAACAAGUUUAAAAGAAUGCUCAAUCGGGAGCUAACCCACUUAUCUGAAAUGAGCCGAUCGGGCAAUCAGGUCUCUGAAUAUAUAUCCAACACAUUUUUGGACAAACAGCAUGAAGUGGAAAUCCCAUCCCCAACACAGAAAGAGAAAGAAAAGAAGAAACGGCCUAUGUCUCAGAUCAGUGGAGUGAAAAAACUCACGCACAGCUCCAGUUUAACCAAUUCCAGCAUCCCCAAAUUUGGAGUCAAAACUGACCAAGAAGAGAGUUUAUCCAAGGAACUAGAAGAUGUAAACAAAUGGGGCCUCCAGGUGUUCAAAGUAGCCGAAAUAUCUGGGAACCGACCGUUGACAGUCAUCAUGUACACCAUUUUUCAGGAACGGGAAUUGUUAAAAACAUUCAAAAUUCCACCAGACAUGUUAAUAACAUACUUGAUGACAUUGGAGGAUCAUUACCAUGCAGAUGUGGCGUAUCAUAACAACAUACAUGCUGCAGAUGUUGUGCAGUCCACACACGUACUGUUGUCAACCCCAGCUUUGGAGGCGGUUUUCACAGACCUAGAGAUUCUGGCUGCCAUUUUUGCCAGUGCAAUACAUGAUGUUGAUCACCCUGGGGUUUCAAACCAAUUUCUUAUCAACACAAACUCUGAACUCGCGUUGAUGUACAAUGAUUCCUCGGUCCUGGAAAACCAUCAUUUAGCUGUGGGAUUCAAGUUACUGCAGGAGGAGAACUGUGACAUUUUCCAGAAUUUGACAAAAAAGCAGAGGCAGUCUUUGAGGAAAAUGGUUAUUGACAUUGUGCUGGCAACAGAUAUGUCUAAACAUAUGAACCUGUUAGCUGACCUGAAAACGAUGGUUGAAACGAAGAAAGUAACUAGCUCUGGAGUUCUGCUUCUUGAUAACUAUUCAGACAGGAUCCAGGUGCUACAAAAUAUGGUACACUGUGCAGAUCUAAGCAAUCCAACAAAGCCACUCCAGCUGUAUCGCCAAUGGACAGAUAGAAUAAUGGAAGAGUUCUUUCGUCAGGGAGAUCGAGAAAGAGAGAGGGGCAUGGAGAUAAGCCCCAUGUGUGAUAAGCACAAUGCAUCGGUAGAAAAAUCACAGGUGGGGUUUAUAGACUACAUUGUUCAUCCUCUCUGGGAGACCUGGGCAGACCUUGUACAUCCAGAUGCCCAGGACAUCUUAGACACCUUGGAGGACAAUCGCGAAUGGUACCAGAGCACAAUCCCUCAGAGUCCUUCUCCUGCCCCAGAUGACCAAGAGGAGGGUAGGCAGGGCCAAACAGACAAAUUCCAGUUUGAACUAACACUGGAGGAAGAUGGUGAAUCGGACACAGAAAAAGACAGUGGCAGUCAAGUGGAAGAAGAUACCAGCUGUAGUGACUCCAAAACGCUUUGCACCCAGGACUCAGAAUCCACAGAAAUUCCACUGGACGAACAAGUCGGGGAGGAAGUAGGAGAGGAGGAGGAGAGUCAGACAGAACCUUGUGUGCUAGAAGAAGAACGCUCUCCUGAUACGUAACAGUGCGGCAGCUUCGUAGCUCUCUUUGUCUGUCCUCCUCUCUUCUCUUUUUAAAAAAUAGAAAAUGGUUUCCAAAGUGCAUGUCACACGGCACAACCAUGGUCACGCCUCACUGUCAUCUGCCAGAGAUGUUUGUUGAUCAAAAACUGACCUUGAUUACUCAGUUUGGCACUCAGGAAUAUUGUAACCAGAAUUGUUCAUCUCCAUGGCAUCAGAGAGCAAAGGAGAACACCUGCAAAGAACAGUUUUAAUGAGAGUUCCACUUGGCAGAUACAAUUAGAGAGAGUGUCUACUCCAAGCUGUUUUCAAGAAGAGUAAAGGCUGGCCCGAAGCUAGUGUUUGGUUUUCUUUUUGGGUUUGCUUUUAAUUUCAUGAGAGAGGCAAUUAGUAGCAAUCAUCACCAGAAUUUAAAGAAAGCAGCCAGCGAGUGAAUCAAGGUUUCUAGUGGAAAAUAAAUGCACUCGGAUAAUGGGACACAACAUGAAUCUGUUAUUACCAGUAGGAAGAUAAAGCUGUGGAAAUGGCAUACUUUUCUAAUUUCAAGUCUUCCUGACACAUGACUGAAAAAAAAAGUGUAGCUCAGUGGGUUGCACUGACGCCUGCGUUUUGUAUAAUAUGUAAAAUGGAAAUCUUUUUGUAGAGUUUACUUUUAUUAUUAAAUGUAUUGAGGUAUUAUAUUUAAAAAGAAUGCCGCACCCUCAGAACUUCAUCUGCCACUGAUUCUUUUUUCCCUCCCCAAAGAGUAACUUGCAAGUUUUCAGUACAAAUACGUGCUACACUGGAUUAAUCAAGUUCUAUAUUUGUUUGCACUUAGAUUUUUCAUAGCAGUUCUUUCACCUCUUCUAGAAUAACCCAUUGCUGUCUAGACCAAUGACAACAUCCAUCUAUAAAUAAUUUGUUUUCGUUUUAUUCCCCUCCCCCCAUCUGAAUUGCAGAACAUCCCUUUCAUUUUGUUGGCAUUAUUUUUUCGCUUUUUUAAUUGUAAUUUUCCAAGAGCAGCAAUACAAAAUCUGCAAUGAGUUCUUUCUCCACCAGUGGUGGCUUAGACCUGUAGGCCCUGCCUUUACUGCUGUGGGCUUUCUCUGCUCAACCAAAAAUAUGCUUUCCAAAAUCUAGCCGACCACUACGACAGCAGCUCCCCCAACUUUGGGUUGCGACCCCCGGGUGGGUGGGUGGCUGGCUGGCUGGAGCCCUUGGGGAUUCAGCACUCGGUUCCUUACAGUAGGUGCAAUAGAGUCCACAUUCUGGAAGGUGAUGACCGUAGCAGCAGUAGAUGGGAUCUUGAAGCAGCUUCCAAAGACUAAACUUCUUUCUCAAGCUCUUCAUAAUGAAGAUUUGGGGAACUCUAUGAAUGCGAAUCAGGAUUUGCAAGACUGUGGCCAGUAUGAAUGUGAGUCUGUCUUGCUAAAAACGCUAAUCUGUUGCUAAUGAAAUUAUUCCCAUUUGGCCAUAACUAGCUGUGCAUGAGACAUCAUUAAUACUCUUGUUGUGCUACUAAAUAAAUUCUUAUAUGGGGGUGUUCUGAGUGCUGUGACAACACAACAUUACAGGCUAUACUUAUACAAACAAUUACGACAGGGGUAUGUGGAGGUACUGAUGUGUCUGUCUCAGGCUGCUUUCCGGCAGUCCCUGACCCUCAUUUUGUCCCCUUAAAUAUUCAGGUGAGGUCUUUAAAGUCCAGCUUCAUAGCUUUUGACCUUGAUUGCCCCAAUAUCUUUAGUUUUUUUUUUAAUUUUAUUUUACUAAUAUCAACCAUAGUGUUAUGGGAAAGAUCCCAUAAGUGAUUUUUGGAAAGAAAAAUAUAGGGUUAAUUAUUGUCGUAUGUCUAGGAACAAUCAACAGAUAUACUGAGGGAGAAAAGUGCAUUGUCCAACAAAACUGACAGAUCCAGAGAAAUAUAUGCCAAAUAAGGCACAAGCCCCAAACUGACACAGAGUUAACUGCAGGUAAAACCAUUGGUGUCAUUAGGUUUGAGUGCACUUAACUCUGCAUUGGGUUGUUGCUUUAUUGUGCAACGACUACUAGAGGUGGAGCUGCUUUCUGGUACGGCCUCAGAUGCUGGUCCAUAUAUGUGCUGAGAGACAUGGAGUAUCCUCACCCAACUGUGACCUGGUUACAAUGUACAGCUUGCACUGCCAUGCACAUGACCAUGUGUCAUACAUCCCAUUGGACCUGCAACUUUGUCAACGUGGAGCAUUUCCUUGCCCAUGUACACACAGAGCAGUGACCGACGUACAUACAGAACAGCUCUUCUGCAUAUACAAGUGCUGAUAGUUUGAACCAGCACUAUCACACUGGGGUUAAAUGGUGAGGCCACAUGGAUGUUUUGACACGACAGAGCAGGAAUAGAAUUUAGUUUUGCUGAAUCAGGGAAUCUUAUGGCCUUGCUAAGUUAUCGGGGUUUUAAUGAAAGAACUGACUGAUCAUUUGGGAUUGUUUUUAAACAUGCAUUUUAAUGUGUCUGCUCUACCAUUUAAUGACUUUUAUGGGGGGGGGGAGACUAGCUAGGGAAGUGAAUCAAAGAAUUUCACUGUGUCGCUGUCCACAUAGACUCAUGUCCUCCUCCCUUUGCUAUUUUAACAUUGUUCAGUCCCCAAGAGUGCCUGGAAUCUUAAUGAAAAAAGCAAUAUCAAUUCUAAAAAAACAAUAUGGAUCUGGAAGGGUAUUUUAUCUGCACUAAAGGCUUAAUCCUAUGAAGUGGGGAGCACUUUCGCUUGAGCCAACAAGAGCAUAUGGAGCUCUGGUCCCAUGCACUAACGUAAGCAUGGGGAUCCCUUUGAUAUAAUGGGAUUUUCCAUAUGCUUAAAUUUUAAUGAUUGGUGGAUCUGGUUAAGUGUGCUUACCAUAUCAUAAGGUUAAACUUUCAUAACAGCAAAUGGAGAUGUAAAGAAAAUACAACCGUAUUGUGUAAAAUACGCCCAUACACAUGGACAAUCAAGUGGUAGAAAACACAAUAAGUUUUAGAGCCAGGGAUCGAAUGCACUGUACAAUCUUUCGUUUUUAUUUUGCCAAAGUGUGCUUUAGCAUUGCACACUGCUUUAAAACAACAAUACUGUCAAAAAGUGACUUUACGUGUUUUCUAUGUUUGUUUUUUUGCCAUAAGAAAAAAUGCAGUGAGUUGGGUACUGUAUGGGAUGGGGAGAGGAAA